UAAGCUUAUUGUUAAAUGAAAUUGUUUUCAUGUUAAUUGUAAAAAAGCCAAUUUGUUUAAAAUGUUAAUUAAUGAAUUACCUGACGAUUGUUUAAUGAUGAUCUUUGAUUACUCAAUAUUUCUUGAAGAUCUGGAAAAACUUUCUAAAGUUUGUUUAAGAUGGAAAAGUCUAAUUGACUAUCGUUUACACAGAAUUAAAUUCCUUUUAGGGGAAAGAGAAUACGAUGAAUCACCAAGAUCCGUUAUGUACCAAGAUGGAAGUUUAUUCAAGGAGACAAAUUUAUCAGAAUUACUACCAAAUCUUGAGAUUUUGGAUUUCAAACUGUUGAUCAAUCGCUAUGAUAACAAUCAGAUGGAUAAAUUGAUCAUGUCUCUUCCUAAAAUUCGAGGAUUGAUUGAACCACUUUGCUCUUCCGAUUUAUUUCAACGUUCGUGGUUCAAAAAGAUCGAGAUACUUGUUUGCAAGCGCUUGGGAUCGUGGCAUGAGGAUUCUGAUCAAACUUUCGCCUUGAAGCAGAUUUAUCUAUCUGAAUGCUAUUUAUCAUCGCUGAAUGAUCAUCAUGUUUAUCUCAAAAAUUUAUUAAGACUUCAUAUCGACGAACCUAGAGGUAUUAAUGAAUACACACAAGACAAGUUCUACAAAGGUCCAGAGUUAUCUAAUUUGAAGAUACUCGAAUUUUCAUCAGAUAACUCAACUUUCCCUGGUUACGAUUUCAUGGAUUUCUGUCCAUCACUAGAAAGUGCCUAUUUCACUACUUAUAAAAACUUUUCCUCUGUUGUCAAUGGUACAAUCAAGAAUCUCAAUCUUAAAAAUCUCGCUAUCGAACAUCUUGAAGGUGAAUCUCAAGACUGGUCAUCAUUGCGAACUCUUUUGAUGAAAUUUCCAAAUUUAACGAACCUCGCAAUCAGAGAUAGUGUAAAAAUCGACGAUGAUAAUGUGAAAGAGCUGAUUACCAUUUUGCCGAAAAUAAAACUAUUGGAUUAGAGACUCAAAAAGGUUACAAAAAAGUCAGCUGAUUAUCUGGCGGAAUUUUGUCGAAGAUCAGGCCAAUCAAUCGUCUUAUACUAUAACUAUAACGAAGAUAUUGAUGAUGAAGAUCUGCCCGAUGUGAGUCCAUGUGAUUCGAUUUGUAUUGGAUUUGAUUUCAUGAAACACUGUUUCCACAAAUACUAUCCUUACCUUCCGAUAGUUUUGGACUUUUAGAUUAGUCACAAAUUAUAUUGGAUUAAAUUAAUCAAUAGAUCAAAGAAA